GAUGAAUCUACAUUCUAGUCUUAGCACAGGAUGGGCCGCCAGAGGUGGAGCUUCUGAGGUCGUUAGAAGAGCCCAUCCAGCAUCUGGCGCACAGUGGAAUGUCCAAGUGGUCAGGGGAAAAGUCAACGGAAGAUGUUUGUGGAACGCCUGCAAAGCGCUGAGUCUAGGAUUGUUGCUGAUGGUACUGGGGGCAGCUAUGGCUACUAUAGGAUAUUAUGCUGAUCACUUAUCUGUGGCCAAAGAAGUGAAGGGAAACUACACCAUUAGAGCAAAAAAUGAAACGAAGAGCUUUCACUUGAACAAUCUUUCUUAUGCUGGACCCAUCGUCAUGGGAGUUGGAGGCUUCAUAGUGGUCGCAGCCUGUGUGAUGACCUUCGAGGCUCGAGACUCAGCUGCAAAAGUGGUACCAGCCAGAUUCAAGCUGAGCACCACCGUUCCACCACCCAACGCUUGUCAACAUGUCAGCCAUGGAACUUACAGUAGGCACAGUUCCCUGAAGACGGCGGGAUCUCAAACCACGCAAUACGCGCACUGUCAUUCCUCGACAGCUGACAGGCGAGCGAUGACGCAAUCGUUUAUGCACUUCUCCAGAGGUCUCGUGUUAGAGGCUCAACCGAAAAAGAUUUCGCUCAAGGUUCCACAGGGUUCUAUCAACAGAAGUCCUUCCGCUCCAGAUUUGAUCUUGGAACGGUCGGGUGUCGAAGUACCAACGAACACACCAGUUUCUAAUCUCACACCGAUUCCUGUGAAAUCGACAACAAAACCGAGAACUUUCGCGGCUUGUGCUCUUCUCAAUCCAGGGUUACUGCAUAGGCAUGCGCUCUCUGUUGAUGAAACAGGCGGAAAUUUUAGGUUAAGUAACGAGUCGUUGCAUCCCAGCGGUAGCCAAGGAUCGAUGGUGAUGGAUUUGCAUUUGGAUUGUCCCGUAACCUUACGUGUCAAAGACAAACGUCGAAAUCCUCUCAAGAGACAACGACGGGUGGACGAAGAACUUAACCAGAACAAUGAAAACGGUUGCAGAAGGAGCUCACAUUCUUGUUCUGUCAGGAUGCAGACACACUCUCUGAAAGAAACUUCCAAAGGUGGAUCGGCUCAACAACUCUCAUCUCAAUACUCCCACUGCCCCAAACGGAGAAGCUCGAAUGCUUCCGAUUGCACUCACAGAUCGAGGCCAAGACGAAGAGAGUGUCAACAUUCCCGAGGCCAACUGGAAAGAGCCAUCAGUUCAGACUCCAGGCUCACGGGGGCCAUUCCGAAGUGUUACCACCAACACACCCCACAGCAUACCCCGCAGCAUACCCCGCAACAUACUCCGCAGCAUACCCCGCAACAUACCCCGCAGUUGUCCAUGGAACGAGAACCUGCCGGGACAGGUUCUGACAUGGACGUUCGACAGUCGCAACACAGUGUACACUUCAGUACGCACUAGCACGUCGUCGUGUAGUUGUUUUUUAUGAUUAAAUUCACGACUUUGUAACGAAUUCUUAGAAGUUUAAAUCUCUCGGAAUUGACGGCACAAAUUUUGUAGUAUUGAAUGUUUUUAUUUGUUCUUUUUACGUAGUAUAUGAAGUACGGGGAAGUAACACAUGCGUUAUAUUGUGCAUUCUUCCUAGAACCGUCAUAUCAAAGAUAAUAUCAUAAUAUAAAAGUAAUUCGGAGUGACAGUACAUGGUAUAGGGCAUUUCCAAUACAGAUCUCUCAGUUGAGUUGUCUGAAUAUUUUAUGAUUUUUUUUUUGUUCUGAAGUAUCACACUAGAGGUACUGAAGGACCACACUUGGAUGUCCACAUAGUUUUUGAAGUUUGAGACGAAAUUAAUUUUACAAAAAUCAAACAGUAACUUUCUCGAACGUUAUUGAAAUAUUUUAUCAUUUUAAAAACUAAUGACUUUGCCAUUAUCAACCUGAUAGUUAAUUUGGUCUAUUUCAUGAGAAUACUAUCUAUUGAGUCAUCAAGAAUGAAUUCUUUCUCUUGACUUCCUUUGCAUAGUUCUUGAAGGAAGGCUAUUGUUGAAGAACGACAAAUCAGUGAACAACCCAUUUGAUAGAGAUAUACAUUUGGUGUCAGGUGUGUCAUGAUAGAACUAAAAAACAGGGCAGGAGGAUUCCUAGAUUUCUAGAAAACUGUGAAUAAGAAAUUAAUUGUAAAAUUAACGUAAAUAUCGAAACGAACAAGUCAAAAAUCGGGUAUCUUCUGAGUAAUGCUAAUCUCAAGAAUAGUUAAUUAGCCUUCUAGGUGAAUAGUACGGAAAUUGUUUCUGUUACUUCAGUAAUGGACAGUAAUGUUUUCAACUAGGUGAUAGGUUUCUCUCCACCUCGUUAAGUGACGAAAGCAUCGGCACUCAAGAUCUUAGCAAUAAUUUGUUCAGUGAGUCAACUGAAAAGUACAAAAAAUAUGCAAUGAAAUGGAACUGUUCACGUAUCUCAGUCAGCAAAACAACUCAAAGGGCAGACUUUGAUGGUUUGAGAUUCGACGAAUUAACAGCACAAUUAUUAAACUCGAGCAAUAUUGAAACAGCUCUACUAUCAGAACUUGUUUGAAACAUUGGUAGACUGCAUAUCUCAAAAAGCAGGCAUCUCAACAGUUACUCUAUAAAAAUAGGGCGGUUUAUUCCAUCGAAAUAUGUUUUUCUUGAUACCCACGAGACCGAUAACAUUUUAUCUUGUUAAACUCAAAGAUAUUUGAAAACUUAGACAUAAACAUUUGGAAAUUUUAGUUUCCAAUUUCUGUCACUGAUUCCAAGCUCCAAGCUCCUUGAUUCAAAAUUCAAACUGACUUUUUUCGAAUCUUGACUUUGAACUCAAAAUAUCUGAAUCGGGCUUUGAUUAUGGAUGAUAAACUAGGAAAAUUAAAUUACUGCUGCUGAUAAUGGCUGAAUUUUCGCGAGACUUUUUUGAAGUGGAGAAUAAUUCCCGAAUAAUUCCAAGUGGAGCCUAUUUUUUAUCCCAUGUCAAAGUUUAAAAACGUGGUUUCUUAGUAUAAUUUUAAUUUUCAUAGCUGUGAUGAAAUGAAUUAUUAUUUUUUUUUCAGUUUUUUCAAAUGAAACACCCUGUUAAUAAGGCCUUACCAAAGCACUCUACAUUAUGAUCUUACCAGAAAUAUAGGGUUGACUACCUACUUGAUUUUUAUCGAAAUGUAACUAAUUUUACUCUCCUAAUUCCGAACCUGUCAAAACCUAACCUCACUGAGUUACUAUCUUAACAUAACUCCUCCUAACCUGUCAAAACCUAACCUCACUUACUGAGUUGAAAGUCCGAUUUCAUAGUAGAUAAUUUAAUUUGAUUUAAAUUCAUCAUAAGUUGAUGUUCUACGCAGUGUGGACGUAAAAAAUACCCAAAUCAACUUUAGAACGGAAGUAUAUACCUAUUCAAUUCUGACAGAAUUCAUACAAAAAGGCACCAUUUUGAGCAGUAUUAUUACUGAUACUUCUUAUCAGUUCCUGCCUUUGCUUUCGCUUGAAUGAAUAUCAAUACGUUUUUCACAAUUCCUCUGCUUUGUCUGCUGAGUAUCUUGUUUUUCAGAUAUUUAAUUUUAGUAGUGAAGUAUUUCUCCUCAAUUCAAUAGCGUCACCCGAAUAUUUUAUUUAUAUUCGUCUGUACAGAAUCGAUAAGUAUACUCACAUCGUUAUACCCGAAAUACACGCUCAUUCAGAAAAACUGGUCAAACUAAACGAUUCUCAAAUGAUAUAUUGGAACUAUUGGAAGUUGUUUUCAUUCAUUGAAAAAUAUGUUUUGGUACAUUUUUUCGUAUACCAUGUAUGAGUGGAUAACGAAACUCUCAAACACGUCCAAAAAUGUGAGUCACUUCUUAAACGUAAUUUCACGUGCAAACAAAUAAUUUGAAUAUAUUUAGGUUCGUUACCUGAGACUUGAUACGUAAUAGGCCUGUUUGAAGUUUUAUCGCGUGAAUGUUUUUUAAUCGACCCCAAUUUAUGUACUAGUCCUGAACUACAGUGUCCACCAGAAAAUAAACAUGGUUUUCUAAUUGAAAUUACAAUAGAAACAUACAGGAUACAAUGUUUAUAUUGAACACGCUUCAUUCAUUAUGUUUAUUCAAAAACUGAGAAAACAACGUCUUUUUUUCCUCCCCAUCAAGUGGUUUAACAAUUUUGCCAUAGAUGGCGUCACAGUGUUUCCAUAUUGAAUUUGAAGAAAUCGGCUCCAUUUUGAAUGAAAAUGAUCACUUGUGUUGUAUUGUUGAAAAGAUAAAUUUAUAUUUCAUCAAAGGGUAUGAGAAAUGUACAGGAUUCUAUUUAAAACUCCUGACUCAUCAAGUUCAUAUUCUGUUGUCACUUCGAAUAUUUACAGUGAAACUGCCCAUCCAGCAGACAUCUUAGUCAAAAUUAGAUAACUAUCUCCGAAUUUGAAAUACCCAAACACUUAUUACAUACCAUACGAUUUUUGACAUACCUUUGACUUUUCAACGUUUAACUUAUUGCUGUCAAUUCUUUAUUUUUCUAUCGAAACAAAUUUACAUGUUUAUUUUCUGGUUGACACAAGAAAUUACUCAAAUCCCAAGACUUUAAUGAAGCAAUCACACUCUAAGAAUUAGGGUAUCUAAAUCAAAGUCUAAGCCAAAUAAAUGUGAUGUAUGUAUAUGUAAGCAUUAUAUUUAUAUAGAAUGUAUUUACAUGUUUUAGCAUCUAGUUUUCACAAAAUGUACUUAUUGUAUUGUUGACAACAAUAAAAAAUCCAGUGUUUGA